AUGGACAACAACAAGCUCAUACAUAUUAGACAAGGAACACCCUCUCGCGGGGGUGAUUCUUUGCUGUACGUCGAUAUUGCCAGAGUACCGGGUAGUAUCCUGAUCUCCAACCUCGAAGAGAUAGCGGCGGUGGCCACCCAAAUGGGAGCUGUCCAUAAAUUCGACCUCACCUCAGAUGUCACGCACUUAAUCGUCGGAGAGCUUAAUACACCGAAAUAUAGAUAUGUGGCCAAGGAGCGGACUGAUAUAAAGGUUUUAAAAGCAGAAUGGGUAGAAGCCGUUCGGUCAUCCUGGGUGCUCGGGGGCGAUACCAACCUUCAGCAGCUGGAAGAGCAAUAUCGAUUUCCCACAUUUGCUGGCUUAUCUAUAUGUCUGACCGGAUUUGACGACAUGAAUCACAGAAACUCCCUACAAAAGUUGAUCACCGAGAAUGGAGCGGAAUUUCGGAGGGAUCUUACAAAGAGCGUUACCCAUCUGAUUGCACGAUCCGGAUACGGCCAAAAAUAUAAAUAUGCAACCCUAUGGAAAAUAACAGUUGUGAGUCUGAAAUGGCUUCAAGACAGCCUUGAGCGGGGGAUGGCUCUUGAUGAGAGCCUCUACGACCCUUUGCUCCCGGACGAGGAGCAGGGAAUUGGCGCAUGGAAUAGAUCCGCUCCAGUGGUUACCGUGAAACCUAAGGCGGUCACAACCAAUCCUCAACGGACUCGGAAAAUUCGGAGGGUUGCAAGCAUGAAAUUAGGAGGCCAGAAUGAAGAUAUCUGGACAGAUAUUGUAGGAGAUGCUACAAAGGCGUCAGGAUCGACCAUUAACUUAAAAACCGAGCCGAGUGGACAAAUAGCUGAUACCCCAGCUGCGAUUCAAGAACCAAAGUCUUUCGCUAGUGAAACGACCAUAACUGAGAGAACUCACCCUGCCACGACCGAGAUACCCAUGCAAAAGUCGCAGGAGCUUGAUAUAACUCGCCGCGGAUUCUGGUUUGAGACUCACCUGCUCUCUCGUGAUGCACGAAUCGUUUCGUCCUUGAGUGCUCUUGCAAGUGAGGUCCCAAUGAAUGGGCACGCAACAUACAUCCUCGUGCCGCAUAAUUUACCACGCUCCGAAAUUCCGUCCAUUGAUGACUUAGUCAUAGAACCGGAAAUUGUAACGGACUUAUGGAUCGAGAAGUGCUUGCACAAUAAUGCCCUCGUUCCUCCUGAGGCACAUAUUACAAGUACCCCUUUUCCCAAAUUCCCAAUACCAGCGUUCCAGGGACUGAGAGUUUGCUCGACUGGGUUUUCAGGCAUUGACCUUUUACAUCUUUCAAAGCUCGUCAAAGUGAUGGGGGCCACUUACGAUGAGUUUCUUACACCUAAAGCAUCAGUACUCAUUUGCAACAACGGGAACCCGAACCAAGAAAAACUACGACACAUCGCAGAAUGGAAUAUCCCAGCUGUCAUUGCGGAUUGGCUAUGGAUUUCAGUUCAGACUGGGGAGAGAAAACCUUUCACACCAUAUAUAAUAGAGCAUAGACCACCUCAGAACACUAGAGCUUCAGCCCAACUUAUUCAACUGGACACAGUAAAGCGAGACGAACUCAAGAAGCGCAAGGCUCCAUUAGAAAAUGAGUUACCAACAGACCCUAACCCAGGCAUCCCAGAACAACUUAAUAUUUCCACCCGCCUUAAAGAAGAAGGGGAAAAAUCCCCAGUAUCGCAAGAACCAAGUGUCCCAGCCGGCGCCCUGCAAGAGCUCUCAUCAAAUUCGCCACGUAAAGCAGCUAGCCGCUCCCCCUCCCCUUCGAAGCGCAACGAAACACCUGUCCCCACCGUCCCCAUCUCAUCCGCCCGAUCAAAGCACCCAUCAGCAGAAGUAUCUAAUAAUAAGGAUGGUAAAGUUAAUAAUAGCAAUAACAACCUUGAUCCCAAAACAACCCUUGACAUCGCCCUCAACGAAUUCCUAAGACAAAAGCGUCGGGCAGCUUCUUCCAAACCAUCCAGCCUAGAGGAUAGAGAUGGUGGUGGUGGCAGUGUACAACGCCAGCAGCGCAAGCGCAGAAAGCAGCUCCUCGGCCGCGCCAAUUCACACUCUUCAAUUUCUCUAGGCGCCGCCGUGCCAGGCGACACCCGCAUUUCCCGAGCUAGCUCCAUCGACACCAUGAACGAAGAUGGCCACGGCAGCGUCGUUGAGGGGCUCGGCUUCGACAGCCCAGCGACUCCGAAGGCCGACAGAAACGCUCCCAGUUUCUCCUCUUCUCUCUUCGCGAACAAGGCGGAUAAAACAGAAGCGCUGCAGUUGUUAGAAUCUCGGCUGGAAAUGUCCCGUACAACUGCAGAUUUCCCGCAUGGCGGUAUUGGUGACCAAGAUGGCUCGGGAUUCCCAGACGAUGACGGCACGCCUGCCAUGACUCAGUUGGGUUAUGAAAUUCCCGACGCAGCGGCUAUGAGGGCUAAGAUUAACAGUGGGGCGGCUGGGAUGACUGAUGUGAAAAAUGGGACUCCAGCGGAUACCGCAGCCGCUACAGCCACGGCGAAGCACCGUGAGCUAAUCGCAAAGAGUUUGGUGCCUAAGAACGAGGCGCUGUAUGGGUGGGGAGCUAGAAGGAGGACUAGAAAGUCAGGGAAAGGGGUGACAUAUGAAGAAUUGUGA